AACUUCAGGAAGUUGGAACUUUCUUUAUACGAGUCGAGUUUUAACUGACGUUUCAGCGAUAAAUUAACUCGUUUUAGACAAAAAAACGAGCAGCAGGGGGAUUUAUUAUUGUUUAUUUCUUUGUAUGAUAUAAGGAAGUAGCUUUGUGGAUCAACUUUGUUCGAGUCGGAGAAGCAGCAGGACUUAAAACUGACUGAAGAUGUUAGCAUCGAGUCUGUUAGCUAACUACUGUACAGAGCUACAUGAUGACCAGGCUCUUAAGGUGGACAAAUACCUGCACCACUUCCAGCUGUCAGAUAAGACUUUGAUGGAUCUGUCAGUGAGGUUUCGGAGAGAGAUGGACCGAGGUCUGAGCCGAGACACCAACCCCACCGCUGCCGUCAAGAUGCUGCCCACGUUCGUGCGCUCCACUCCUGAUGGAACAGAGCAAGGUGAAUUCCUGGCUCUUGAUCUCGGAGGAUCGAACUUCCGGGUGCUCCUAGUCAAAGUUAUGGCUAACGGCAAGCAAGAGGUGGAGAUGGAAAAUCAGAUUUAUGAGAUUCCUGAACACAUCAUGAGAGGCUGCGGCUCUGAGCUGUUCGACCACAUCGCUGAUUGUCUGGCUAACUUCCUGGAGAAGUUGGGCAUAAAGGAUAAGAAGCUGCCUCUGGGCUUCACCUUCUCGUUUCCCUGUCAGCAGACCAAGUUGGAUGAGAGUGUUUUGGUUUAUUGGACCAAAAGCUUCAGAGCAUACGGAGUAGAGGGAAAGGAUGUGGUCAGCCUUCUGAAGAAAUCCAUCCAAAAACGAGGCGACUUUGACGUUGACAUUCUGGCUGUGAUCAAUGACACAGUGGGCACCAUGAUGACCUGCGGCUACGACGACCACCACUGUGAAAUUGGCCUCAUUGUGGGAACCGGCACCAACGCCUGCUACAUGGAGCAGAUGAGGAACCUGGAGCUGCUGGAUGGGGACGAGGGCCGGAUGUGUGUGAACACAGAGUGGGGCGCUUUCGGAGACGAUGGCGCUCUGGAGGACCUGCGCACAGACGUGGAUCGGGAGAUAGACGCAGGAUCUCUGAACCCUGGCAAGCAGCUGUUUGAGAAGAUGAUCAGCGGCCUGUACCUGGGGGAAGUGGUGCGUCUCAUCCUGGUGAGGAUGACCAAAGAAAAGCUGCUUUUCCAGGGCAAGACUUCAGCAAAGCUCCUCAAAACAGGGAGCUUCAGCACCAGCUUCAUCUACGGCAUCGACACUGACAAGGAGGAGGAAGGUGUGGAGCGUGCAGAGGAGGUGCUCCGGGGCCUAGGUCUCGACCCGCUGGUGGAGGACUGCAUAGCAACACAGAGGGUGUGUCAGGUGGUCUCCACGCGGUCCGCUCACCUGUGUGCUGCUGCUCUGGUGGCUGUGCUGAGACAGAUCCGGGACAACAAAGCGGCGGAGAAGCUGCGUACCACUAUUGGAGUGGACGGCUCUGUUUACAAGAACCAUUCAGAGUUUUCCAGGAGGCUCCACAAGAUGGUACGGCGACUCGUGCCCGACUGCGAUGUGCGUUUCCUGCAGUCACAGUGUGGCAGCGGGAAAGGUGCAGCCAUGGUAACGGCGGUCGCCUAUCGUCUCGCAGUUCAACACGCCGAGCGUCAGCGUAUCCUGGACACCCUGCGUCUGAGCCGAGAGCAGCUGCUGGAUGUGAAGAGGAGGAUGAGCGAGGACAUGGAGCGAGGACUGUCAAAGCAAAACCAUGAGCAAUCCAGCGUCAAGAUGCUGCCCUCCUACGUGAGAGACACUCCAGAUGGAACAGAGCACGGGGACUUCCUGGCUCUGGACCUGGGGGGCUCCAGCUUCCGGGUGCUUCUGGUGCGAGUGCGCAGUGGAAAAGGACACAAUGUGGACAUGCAUCACAAGAUCUACAGCAUCCCACUGGAGACAAUGCAGGGCACAGGGGAAGAGCUUUUCAGCCACAUCGUGGACUGCAUCGCCGACUUUCUGGAAUACAUGGGCAUGAGUGGAGCAUCCUUACCUCUGGGAUUUACAUUCUCCUUCCCCUGUUAUCAGACAAAAAUAGAUCAGGGAAUUCUUCUGAAGUGGACAAAAGGUUUCAAAGCCAGCGGCUGUGAAGGACAAGAUGUCCUCACGUUACUAAAAGAUGCUGUCCGCCGCAGACGGGAAUUUGACUUGAACUUUGUGGCGGUGGUUAACGACACAGUGGGAACCAUGAUGACCUGCUGCUAUGAGGACCCCCAGUGUGAGGUGGGACUCAUCGUAGGCACAGGGACAAACUGCUGCUACAUGGAGGAAAUGCAGAACAUCGAGCGUGUGGAGGGGGAUGACGGCCGUAUGUGUGUGAACAUGGAGUGGGGAGCAUUCGGUGAAAAUGGAGAACUUGACGAUUUCUGCACCGCGUUCGAUCACUUGGUCGACGACUCCUCAAACUAUCCUGGGAAACAGAGGUAUGAGAAGAUGAUCAGUGGCAUGUACCUGGGGGAGAUAGUGAGGAAUGUGCUCAUUGAUUUCACCUCAAAAGGCCUGCUGUUCAGAGGAAAGCUUUCUGAGCGCCUCAAGACCCACGGCAUCUUCGAGACAAAGUUCCUUGCACAAAUUGAGAGCGACCGCCUGGCCAUGCGUCAGGUGCGCUCCAUCCUGCAGCACCUGGGCCUCACCAUCUCCACCUGUGACGACAGCGUGUUGGUGAAGGAGGUGUGCAGUGUGGUGUCCCGCAGGGCGGCGCAGCUCUGUGGCGCCGGGUUGGCCGCCGUGGUCGACAAGAUCCGACAGAACCGCAACCUGAACCAGCUCUCCAUCACCGUGGGAGUGGACGGCACGCUCUAUAAGACCCACCCUCAUUUCUCCAGCAUCAUGCAGGAGACGCUGCAGGAUCUGGCCCCUCAGUGUCAGGUGACCUUCCACAAGUCAGAGGAUGGGAGUGGGAAGGGAGCGGCUCUGAUCACCGCCGUGGCCUGCAGGGUGAAGAGCGCAGAGCAGCAAUGAAACCUCAAUCUACUCCAGUGUACUUACUACUCUACUUCAGACCCGCCCAGCCGAAAGAUUGACUUAUUACAUUCACAUUAUGUGCAUGUCCGUUUUUUAAGGUUUGUUACAUAUUUAUGAUGUGAGCUGACGUGGCUUAGGCCGCUUGGAAAAUAACUUUAGAAAGGAUUUAUGUGUUGGAGAGUUGCACCUUCUGUGAAAUAUGACUGUUACGAGCUGUGGGGAUCUGUUCUAUUUUUAUUAUCACACUCCCUAGUUGUGAUGUUGCACCUUCAAGUGACCUUACCUUCAAGUGACUGACUAUAUGUUUGUAAUCACUGUGAAUGUAUAGUCUUUGAUCAAAGCACAAUUUUUAUUUAAAUUCACUUCCUACAGUUGCUAACAUUCACUGUUUUCAAUGUUAUCAAAUUACAUGUUGUCUUCAUAUCAGGUUAAAUAUUUGAAAAUGUCAUUUAGAAUAAAUUCCUUGUGUAGAACGUGCCUUCAAUAAGAACAUCCAGGCUUGAAAUGGAGAUAGGAAACCAACGUUUAUUUUUAUAUUAAAGUGUCUAUUAGUGCCUAUACUGUAAGGUCUAAUGACUACAGCUGUUCUGAUGCAAUGAAGGAGUAACAAGUCGCACGCCUGAGGGCAGGAGACGAUCACAUGUUUCAUAGCUCUGACCUAAAAACUAACUGACAUCACUAUUGUUAAGGAAACUCCAAAACAUUAUUUUGACCUGUUUUGCAAACUGCUUCAGAAAAGCAUCUCUUGUUCUGGUUGUUCUUGUAAUUCUUGUUGUUCUUCUUCCUCCUCCAAAUGUCGUGUUAUCAAUCAAUAAUGUAUCAACUGUUACUUCAUUAUCAGAAUAAUGCUUAAUAUUAUUUGAAUGUUGCCAUUGUCACACCAUAAUAUAUGCCCUCAUUCCUCCUUAGUCAGAUGUACCAACAUUACAAAUGUUAUACCUAAAUUCCCUAUCUGGGGAACGUUAAUUCAAAAAUCACUCUUGGGGUUUGAAGUGUGCGGAAAUUCACAAGGUUAAAGGAAGGGAUUCAUUUAGUUAGACUUGUUGUUAUUUAUGUAUCUGUUUUGUGUUACAUGUGGAUGCUGUGUUGUACAAAGAAAGAAAAAUAACACUCCAUAGCCGUGUCUGUUUGAGAUUCUGAUGUUUUCUGAAUCAGAGAUACUGGGAGCUGUAUUCCACCGAAAUACUGUUUAACAAACCAUAAACCCCAACCUCCAGCUGUAUAAUCAUUAUAAUUUGUUUAAGGGGUACAUUUCACAUUACUGUAACCAAUGGAAACAUGUUUUAACCCCACUGAGUUCACGAUGAUUGAUUACUUUGACAUUAAACAUUCUCUUAAAAUGAA